AUGUCUACUGAAAGCACCACCAGCGAUGCUGUCCUCAAGGAGAUUCUCGAUGGGCUCAAGGCGCUCCGCUCGGAGAACUCCGUACUGGCAGCUUCAGUCGACAAGAUCAACGGCCGUGUGAACAUGCUGGCAGGCAUCAAGCAAAUCAAGGACGAGGCAGCAAGUGAAGCUGCCAAUGGCAAGCUGGACGGCGAGAAGGCGAAGGAAGUUGAGCCAGAGAAGUCCGUAGAAGCUGUUAGCGAGCAGUAUGAGCAGCCACCUUCAAAUGCUGAUGCCCAACCACGUCGCACGAGUGUAUCCAAGAUUUCAAAGAUCAUCUUGACUUCGUAUCCCGGCCAAGCCGGUGUCGACCCGUUGCCAAUGCAGUGGGGUGCCAAGGACCCUGCUGUUCGUGGCCCUGUCGUUGUGUCAAGACAUGCGAACACUAUCCGAAGACGUAACGCUAUCGGUGCUCAUGGUGGCUCAUACUCCAUCUACAACGCCCUUGCUGUCGCCAGCAAGAACCUCGACAUCACACACAAGCCAGACUUCACCAACACUGAGCCUGCCGCAAAGAUCGGUCCUUUCCCGCAAUGGAGCGACCCAAAGAAGAUUGUGGCCAUGGACCCAUACGGCCAUCUCGCACCCUGGCUGUACAAGGAAACCAUGGAUAAGGACGAUGUUGAGAUCAGACCUACCAUUGCCAUCACCAGAGCACACAUGAAAGUGCCAGAACUUGAGGAGAGUGUAAGGAAAGGCAGGCUCGUUCCCGAUGGCAAGAUUUGCGUCAACGAGACUGGUGAGGUUGCGGUCACCAAGGUCGCAGUAGAGCCUGUAUGGUACCUGCCUGGUGUUGCUGAGCGUUUCAACAUUGACGAGGGAACUUUGCGCAGGACACUAUUCGAAGAGACUGGUGGUUCCUACCCAGAGCUCAUCACCCGUCACGACAUUAAGCUCUUCCUCCCUCCUAUUGGCGGUCUAACAGUCUACAUCUUCGGUGACCCAGCAAAGAUGUCCGACCCUAGCGCGAAGCUCGCUCUCCGUAUCCACGACGAAUGCAACGGAAGUGACGUAUUCGGAUCUGACAUCUGCACAUGCCGUCCCUACCUGACUUUCGGUAUCGAAGAAGCAGUCAAAGAGGCCCAGAAGGGUGGCAGCGGUGUUGUCAUUUACUUCCGCAAGGAAGGCCGUGCUUUGGGUGAGGUCACGAAAUACCUCGUCUACAACGCCAGAAAGCGAGGCGAGGACCGUGCCAGCGAGUACUUCAAGCGCACUGAGAACAUUGCCGGUGUCAAGGACAUGCGCUUCCAGGCUCUGAUGCCAGAUAUCCUGCACUGGCUGGGUAUCACCAAGAUCGACAGGAUGCUCAGCAUGUCCAACAUGAAGCACGAUGCUAUUGUCGAUCAAGGCAUUCCUAUCCAUGAGCGUGUACCCAUUCCCGACGAUAUGAUCCCGGCAGAUAGUCGUGUCGAGAUUGAUGCUAAGAUUCAAGCUGGCUACUUCACAACCGGCCAUGUUAUGUCGAUGGACGAGUUGGCAAACGUAAAGGGUCGUGGUUGGGACGACGUCGACGUAAGUGCAACUGGUGACUCCUCAUGA